AUGGGGAAAGUUCACGGAUCUUUGGCUCGUGCCGGUAAAGUUAAAGGACAGACACCGAAAGUAGCGAAGCAAGAUAAGGAGAAGAAACCUAAAGGACGUGCCCACAAGCGUAUGCAGCACAACCGUCGUUUCGUUUCCGCCGGUAAUUUCUCCGAUCAUUGA